GGGUCUAAAGAGAUAUUCAGAUUUGCUUUUCAUAUUGUGUGGCAAUAGGGUUUAUUCCAUUCGUAUACAAGACGAGAGCGCAGAUAUUUGAAAUUUGCUGGCAGAUCAUCGCCUUAUAGGAUACAAGUUUUCAACAUUUCUUGGAGAAAAUGACCGUAGCUGGACACGCAGUGUUUCUAUUAUUGAUAGUAUAUUUUGCAGCCCCAGUAAAGACAGACUGCACUAGUACUUCAACAAAUAAAUCGGGAAACUGCACCACGGAAGCCAAAAAGAUAUCACCGUUGUUUCAUGUGGAGGCCCAAAGCAAUGUGUCCGCUAGAGUAGGUUUAACUUUUGAAAUGGAAGGAGGUUGUAAUGAACUUCCACUGAAAGUAGAAGUUCAAAUCAAUGCAUCCUCUCAAGGGAAUUUUAUUUUCCCGGGAGGUGGUAUAACGCAGCGACCAGACAAAACCGGGAGUCCUUACGGAGGCGUGAUCUACAAGUACAAGAAUGAUGGAAGCAUCAGAAUUAUGGCACCAAAACAUACAGUGGCCUCAGGCGUGGCCCUGUUUACAGGGGGCUCCGCUUGGGAGGGCGUUCAUCGAGUGACGGAGAAUUUGGUGGGGGUUCGGUACCGUGCGUGGUGUCGCUGUAACCUCCCACCUCCGGGGUUCGAAUCCCCGUGGACGGAUAUCAACGUUUUCAGUAAAAGUUUUCUAGAAAUAAGUCAUGGCUUAGGAGUAACACCGGAUAUGGUUAUCGUGCAAUUACGUCACGGGUCAUCGACAAGUGACUGGGUGUCUGACGUCACUGGUUCAAUGAGUUCCACAGAAAAAGGAAGUAGGAGAAGUGGGCUAAUAUAUGGAUACGACUCGAGUAAAAUCCGGAUCUGGGCUCCGGAUAAUGGAAGUUUAUUUAAUACGACGGAUGGAUGGGGAUUACCAAAAGAUCAUGGUGCUGUUUUAUCAGGCCAGGUGAAAGUAUAUGCCUGGAACUAUCUGAUGAACAUACGGAGUAAAUCAGUCAAUAUCAAUAAAAGUUCGUCAAAGUCUAAUUUAGAAGUCAGUCUUCCAGAAGCAGUUGAUGUUUAUAAAGAUAUCGUAUACUUCACGGUUUCCCCAACUGAUGGUGACAACAGAGGAUUCUUGUUUCCUGGGAUAAGUUCAGUUCAGAACACAGACCCCACAAUACAAUACGGAGGUGUAAUGUAUGCAUACUCCACAGAUAAGAUCAGGCUAUGGCAUCCAAAGUUAGACUCUCAACAUUUCCUGGUGUACAUCAACAAUGAAUGGGGCAGGGGGAAUCACGUGCAAUCUUCUGAGUCUGUUGUCGCUAAGGUGUCGGUGUGGAAAGCGGGUCAAAUCUGUCUGAUUCCUAAAAAUCAACGCACAACACCAAAAGUAACCACUGUGCAAUCUACAUCAACAACAAGGACACCAACCGCCACUGCAAGGGGAACAACCGCCGCAACAAGGGGAACAACCGCAUUGACUGGGAGCUUCAACAAACAGACCACCUCACCCCCAGCCAGGGGACUAGGUAACACAUCAGCUCGCCAGAAAGACAAGAAAGAGAGUUGGUACGACAGAUCGUUGACAGUUCCGGUCAUCUGGCUUCUAGGCGGGGGCGGCUUGUUGUUGCUUAUCCUCCUGAUAGCAUGCACUGUCUGUCUCUGUCAAAGCAACUCAUCGGAUAAAAGCCAAACCAGGGUGUCCCCGCAAGAAAUUGACCAGUUUUGAUUUCAUCGUUACAAUCUCAAAUCAAUCUUUGAAUAUGUUUCAAAUAUAAAAACUUUAUUGAACAGUUGAAUGAACAAGUAAUUUUGUGAUUAACCGUACUUGACUUUUUCUUAACGUAAAAUAUAACGAAUGUUAUAUAUAUUGUGUAUGUGUAUAUUUUUGCCAAUCAGUAUUUUAUAUAAAGGUUUACAAUGUA